AUGAAUCGUUGUCGAAUUCUUGCUGAAAAUACUAAUUCGGAUCGAUUCGAUUUACAACGAGCUGCUGAAGGACUUCUUUGGAAAUUAGAAAGAGAAGACGAAGCUGUUGCUAAAUCAACUAUUUUGAAAUCGUACCUAUACGAUAUGAUGAUAAGUUAUUCUCACAAAGAUAAAGAAUUAUGUCUUCGAAUUCAUGAACAACUAGUGAAAGAUGGAUUUAAGGUUUGGGUUGACAGAGAUUGUUUACGUGGAUCGACAAUGGUCGGCAUAGCAAAUGCCAUUGAAAAUUCUGAAUAUGUACUUAUCUGUAUGUCGAACACAUAUAAAGAAAGUGUCUAUUGUCAAUCGGAAGCGCAUUAUGCAUUUGAACGAGGAUGUCGUCUAAUACCUAUCAUGCUAGAAUCUAAUUAUAAACCGGACGGAUGGCUUGGUAUCAUUGUCAGCGGCAAGAUUUAUGUGGACUUUGCCAAAGUUGAAUUCAAAUCGUCCUAUGAACAGUUAAAGAAUGAGAUUAUUGAACAACGACAUAAAUAUGCAAUAAAACCGUCAACAAAUUCAAAAGAGAAGGAUCCGGAAGAUACAGAUUCCAUGAGCCUAAAACAAGCUGAGCUAGUUUCUGAAUCCAUCAAGUAA